UAUCUAAAAAUUCUGAUACGAACGAGAUCGCCGUUUCUAGGGCUCUUUGGUUUCCCUCUACCUCUCGAGCUUGAAUCCUGUAAUCGCCAUCACAGUUCGCAAAAUUUUCAGGUUUUUGGGUUCGUAGGCUUUUUUCAGUAUCUCUCUCAGUAUAAAACAUGGCGGAGAUACAGACGAAUGGGAGGGCGUAUGAGUCAUUAUUGGAAAAGGUUCUUUCAAUGAACAUUCUUUCUUCUGACUAUUUCAAAGAGCUCUAUGGUUUAAAGACUUAUCAUGAGGUUAUUGAUGAAAUCUACAACCAAGUUAAUCAUGUGGAGCCGUGGAUGGGUGGAAACUGCCGUGGUCCUUCAACAGCGUAUUGUCUUCUCUACAAAUUCUUUACCAUGAAACUUACAGUGAAGCAGAUGCAUGGGUUGUUGAAGCACACAGAUUCUCCUUAUAUUAGAGCGGUUGGAUUCCUAUAUUUAAGAUAUGUUGCAGAUGCAAAGACGUUGUGGACAUGGUAUGAACCUUACAUUAAAGAUGAUGAGGAGUUUUCACCUGGAUCAAAUGGACGGAUGACGACAAUGGGUGUUUAUGUACGUGAUCUGCUGCUUGGACUGUACUACUUUGAUACUCUGUUUCCUCGUAUACCUGUUCCCGUGAUGCGCCAGAUUGUAUCAAACCUUGAGAAGAUGAAUUUACCAACUAAACCUUCUGGAUCAACCGGAGACAUGACCCGUGGCUCAGAAGACACUGCCCGUCGUCCACCAUCAGUAAAAGCAUCCCUCUCUGUAUCAUUUGGUCAGCGUGCACCUCAUCGUGCUUCCACCAGAGGCUCCUCUCCGGUUCGCCGUCCUCCACCGUCUGGUUAUGACAGAAAUGGAGGCGAUGAAGUAAAACAGAGGUCCCCACGUAGAAGCCAGAGCCGAGACUAUUAUUCCGACAGAGACUCAGAUAGACAGCGGGAGAGAGAGAGGGAGAAAGACCGUGAAAGGGACAGAGACAGAGACAGGGAGAGGGAGAGAGAUAGAUACAGAGAAAGAGAAAGGGAUUAUGGUAAUGAUAGGAGAUCAAGGCGUGACUAUGAUAGUAGAAGCAGACGCAAUGAUUAUGAGGACGAUAGAAGCAGACAUGACCGGAGAAGCAGGAGCAGAAGCAGAAGUAGGAGCAGGAGUGUGCAGAUUGAGCGUGAACCAACUCCUAGCAACAAGGAGAAAUCUGCUGUGACUGUGAACAGCAAUCUCGCAAAGCUAAAAGAUUUGUAUGGAGACGCGAGUAGUCAGAAAAGGGAUGAAGGAUUUGGAACAAGGAGAGAUUCAAGUUCAGAAGAAGUGAUAAAGCUUGGUGGUUCUUCUUGGAGGUGAAAAAACAAAAACUGUGGAUUUAAAAUGCUUCUUCUAUUUAGUAGGAUGAUGCAUGUUGUUUAACUAUACUGUUUUGAUUUCAAGCAAACUAUUUGUUAUAUGCUUUGAUAUUACAGUUUUAGAAUUGAUCUUUAUCUUGAAUUUGUUUACA